AUGGCUUCCUCCUACAGCGCUAAUCUAUCCCACGAGGGCCACACGUACUCUAAGAAACAGGGCUUAGUUGGCGGCCUCCACACUUAUGCAGUCAUCAAACCUGAACAAAAGAUACGGCAUGCUGCCAAUAACCAUGUCUGGGAUGCCAUCGUGAUCGGCUCCGGCUACGCUGGGUUAAUCGCCGCCAGGGAUCUCGUCAAGGCCGGCAAGAAGACCAUCCUCCUAGAAGCCCGCGACCGCAUAGGCGGGCGGACCUGGAGUGCAGAGGUCGACGGGACAACCUACGAUAUGGGAGGCACCUGGGUUUCGCACGUCCACGGCCGCUUAUUCUCCGAGAUGCAGCGCUACGGGCUCAAAGAUGCCGUGACAAUGACUCGCACCGACGGCGGCGGCUGCUCCUACUUCACGCUGGACACCGGUUCAGGCUCACGCAGACUCAGUCUCCAAGAAGCCAGCGAGAAGACCGCCAGGGCGUGGAGGGUCUUCAUCAACAUCGACGGCAACGAAGGCCGCGACAUCUGCCCACUGCCCUACUCGACCCUAGGCAACUUGCGCGUAUCCCCCGAGCGAGUCCGAGAAGUCGACAAACUCUCCUGCCGCGACCGUAUCGAACAGAUCAAGCACCAAUUGUCACCCGACGAGCUCGCCCUCAUUGAGUCCCUUGUCCCCCACUGCGGCGGCGGCUCUGUCGAGAACAUCGGCUUCUUGGAGAUGCUCCGCGCCCAGGCUCUCCAGGGCUACAGCCCCGAGACUUUCGAAGAUAUCUGGACUCUAUACAAGAUCCGCGACGGGCAGUCCGCGCUCGCGAGGCGUAUAUUCGACGACGCCGUCCGCCUCGGUCUUGAGUAUUCAUUCAAAUCUCCCAUCCAGUCCAUCGUAGACAGAGACGGUGUCGUCUCCGUCUCGACAACCGGUGGUAAGACAUUCCGCGCCAAACGCGCCGUCAACACCAUCCCCAUCGCCGUGCUUCCAUCCAUCACCUUCGACCCCCCUCUCUCCCCGCUGCGCCAGGAGGCAAUCAAAAUCGGACAGGUAGACUACCUCACCAAGAUCCACGCCGAGGCCGAAGGCGACCUCCGCGGUCUGCGCGGGUGUACCUGGCCCGGCGACAUGCUGUACAUCUACGGCGACGGGUUCUGCGCCGGUGGGAAAUCAACCCGGCUUACUUCAUUCGCUGGUGACAACAGAGGUAAACUCGAUCCGCUCAAGGAGCCUGAGAGGCUGGAGACGGCGUUGAAGCGGUUCCACCAUAUGGAGAUUAAGAGGGUUAUCUUCCAUGACUGGGUGUCGGAUCCUUAUGCCAAGGCUGGCGCUGCUUGGUAUCCGGCUGGGUUUUUGACGAAGUAUCUGGCGGAGCUGCAGAAGAGGCAUGGGAAUGUUAUUAUGGCCAAUGCGGAUUGGGCGUCUGGGUGGAGGUCGUUUAUUGAGGGGGCUUGCGAGCAGGGGGCGCUUGCUGCUGAUGUUGUGAUGAGUGAGGUUGGGGUUACCGGUGCUAAUACCGAUUGA